CACUUGUCGUUGGUAAUCACAGUUUCGUCGCGGCCACCGUAGUUCACGUGGGUAAUCAAAACAUCAUGGCGGCUGGUUUCAAGACGGCGGAGCCUCUGGAGUAUCACAGGAGCUUUUUGAAAGAAAAUUGUAGACCUGAUGGGCGGGAGUUGUCUGAAUUUAGAAGUACAACCUUAAACAUUGGGUCUAUUUCCACUGCAGACGGCUCCGCUCUGGUAAAGCUGGGAAACACCACGAUCAUCUGUGGCAUCAAAGCGGAGCUGACUAACCCUACUGUGGAUGCACCUGGUAAAGGUUACAUAGUGCCCAAUGUAGACCUGCCACCCCUGUGUUCGUCCCGCUUCCGACCAGGCCCACCAGGGGAACAGGCUCAGGCUGCCAGCCAGUUCAUCGCUGAUAUCAUUGAGAGCUCUGAGGUGAUCAAGAAAGAAGACUUGUGCAUUGGCCGAGGAAAGCUCUGCUGGGUCCUCUACUGUGACAUCAUGUGUCUCGACUAUGACGGGAACAUCCUAGAUGCUUGUGUUGUCGCCCUUCUGGCUGCCCUGAAAACCACACAACUCCCAGAAGUCACCAUCAACAAAGAGACGUCCGCCCCGGAGGUGAAUUUUGAAAAGAAACACAAACUUAGUAUUCACCGACAUCCAGUCAGCGUCUCCUUUUGCAUCUUUGAUGACUCCAUACUGAUCGUAGACCCCACCGCCGAGGAGGAGAGCCUGUCGACGGCACGCCUCACUGUGGUGAUGGAUGAGGAAGAUCAGCUGUGCUCCUUACAUAAACCAGGUGGAACGCCGCUGUCGGGAGAGAAGCUGCAGGAGUGCAUCAAAAGAGCAACGGCACGAAAGGGAGAGAUCCACAAACUUAUUGAGAAAGUCAUAAAAAGCAUGAAGACGGCUCAAUAAAUACACUCAGACAACAUUUUUUAUCUAAAAGUUGUAUUUUCCACUGUCAAUAUAUAUUCUUUUUUAAUAACAAUAAAACUGCUGACAAAGACUUAAAAAAA